UAGUCAUGCAUAUUUUACUGUCAGAAUUUGCGUGUUUUUUUUAAAUUGGCAACCUGUUUUGAAGAGCCACGCAUAUAUAAUGAACUGACGGAUACUGUUUCAAAUUCAUGCACGAAUAUGGGUUAUCCAUGCCUAUGCCUAAACGAUACAAUUACCAAAUCACAAAUCAAUCGGGCCCCAAAUCAAUUACCAUGAGCAUACUUACUCACUUACAUGAUACAAUUGCUAAUACCCAUUAUUUGAGAAAUCCCCAUGAUUUUUUAUUUCUAAACAAUCUAAAAUAAAAUGGGCUGAAUUGGCAUAAAUUUAUCAUCAUCAGAUGGCAAUUAAGUUGCACUUAGUUGCAUGUCUUAACUCUUUAUUAAGUUACAGCACAUGGUCUUUUGCAACACUGUCAUGCACGCUUUUCACGUGUGGAACUUGACAUCUCACUUUCGCACUCUUAUUAAAAUACGGAUUUUACAUGGCUUACAUGUAUAGUUAGUGGUGAAACUGUAGAUGCGUACAAAGGGACUUGCAGCAGCAAAUAAUAUCACUGGGUUGUAAGAAAAAGGUUUUAAUCAGUUUUAUGAAUGGACAUGAUGAAAAAUACAUGUAUUGGAAUUGAAUUGCCAUGGCAUCAAAUUAUUAACGGUAAUGUUUUUCAUUAAUUUCACACACACCUUUUCUACAAAAUAGAGAAAAAAGACACAAUAAAAGCAGAUUGGAACAAACACAUUUUAAAUGAAAACGUGGCGAAGUCAAUCAAGAUAAUUCUUCAAUUACGUUGACAAUAGUAACAUGUAGGUCAUUACGCAGCCUGCAUCACUGAUACAUUUAUAACGUAAAUGGCAGAGUAAUCUAAAUGUACAAAAAAGUCUGGUCGCAGUGUAAAGCGUGACCAAUUAAGAGAUUAGCCAUGUGGAUAAAUGAUAAUCAACCUAACCAAGGUGAAUGUCAUUAUCCCCUUCAAAGUUCAACCUUCCAGCUGGAGAGCUUAGACCUCGAUGCCUCUUGCAAGUCUGAUGCGAGCAUGUCCAGGAGCUCCAGUCUCAAUGUCAACCUGUCUGGUUAUGAUGACAAUGAUGCAGAGACCCAUGACAUGUCCAUCACAGUGGAUGACCCAGAAAAACACAGCGGCACCAUGGAUUCAUAUGUGACCUUCAGAAUCACUCUCAAGACCACAAGGACUGAGUUUGUUUGUCCAGAAUACGAGGUGCGCAGGAGGUACAACGAUUUCCUGUGGCUGCGGCAGAAACUUGAGGAGACCUAUCCAACACAUGUAGUUCCACCUAUGCCAGAAAAGCACAGCUUGAGACGUCUUGACAGAUUCAGUCCAGAGUUUCUGCGAAUUCGGGCUUUAGCUCUCCAAAAAUUUGUCAACAGGGUGGCAGACCAUCCAGUCCAGUCUUUCGAUAAAAACUUCCAUAUUUUUCUCACCGCCAAAGCUUGGGAGUUCCAGUCGCACAAGAAGCAGUCUACAGGCCUCCUAGGUCGUGUUAGUGAUUCCCUAUAUAACAUGGGCAGUUCUUACAUGCUCAAGUACAGAAAACCUGAGUUUGCCGCCAUUCAGGACUACAUACUGGCAUUUGGCGAGAAACUGGCUAACAUUGAACGAAUUACGCAGAGAAUCGUGAAAGAACAAACAGAUUUCCACACAGAUUUAUUAGAAUGGGGACCAAUCUACACGCUGUGGUCAAACUCAGAAGACCAGCUUGUUAGUUCAUUGCAUUCCAUGACCAAAGCUGUUGAAACUUCCAGUGCUUCAUUGAAAGAACUGAUUGAUGCAACAGAGGAUCAUUUCAACCAGCCCUUGAGAGAGUACAUCCUGUAUACAGAGUGCAUUAAGACAGUCCUCCGUAGAAGGGACGCCAUUCAGGCUCAGUAUGAACAGACUCUCGACGAGCUGAACAAACGCAAGGAAGAACGGGACCAGGUAGUGAACCUGAAGAUAUCAGACCAAACCUAUUCGCUAGGAGCUUUCCUUGGUAAAGACCCUGAUGAAGUGAAACAAAAUAAACAAGAUAAACUUGAGCAACAGGUCAAAGAACUAACCACCCAGAUGGAGGUUUUGAACGACAAGUCUGCAGUGUGUGACACGGACCUGCGGGCCGACAUGGAGCGAUGGCAAAAGAACAAGCACCGGGACAUGAAGGAACUGUUCAUGGAGGCUGCAGACAGAAAUGUCCGAUACUAUGAAACGUGUUUAAAAGCCUGGGAGGAUACCAUACACAGUAUACAGGGUAAGGAUUUCCCGGUGACGGCCUGUGAUAAACCUGAGCGGGAGGAUGAUAAAGACAAGGAUGAUGAUAUCUUACUGGAGAAAGCAGAGAGCACUGAGACUGACAAAACUGCUUCAGAUCUCAGUUAAGAUUCUUUUGGGCUUGCGAUCCCUGGCUUGAGACUUUGUGCAACUUUUGAUAAAAAAAUGGUCUUUCUCAGAUUUUUGUUAAGAUUUUCUAAGGCUUAAGUUAUAGUUUAUACUGGCUUUCAAGUGCGGAGCUCCAGAAAAUAAUAGUCCUGACUGACUAAACUAAACAGAUCUUUGUUAAGUUUGUGUUUGAGCCUUCAAUACCAUACCAACAUAGAAACUUUGGAUCAAAAUGUUCUCUUUUUUCGAUAUUUUCUUUUGUGUUUUUGGUAUGGAAUGGGGGGGGGGGGGGGAAUUUCUGUCUCAAGACUGUACACUUUUUGAACCUUGACCCUUGUUGUCUUGCUAUUCUUAUUAUUUUAAAUUUGGUAGUGGAUAACGUGAAGUCUUUCAGACUUUACAACAAACAAACAAAUACUGUCCAGCUUUGUUUUUGUCUUCUUAAAUGAAGCUAUUUGCUGAAUAUGAAACCUGGGGCCGAAUGUCGUUCAAAAAAUUACUUUCUUUGAGGAAAAAACUUUGAUAUCAUCAUUUUUUAUUGAUAAAUUAUUAUGUUUUUUGUCUUAAAAGCACACACAUGUUAACCCUCAAAAUCAACGGAAAUUUGGUACAAUAUUUCGAAAAAAUAAAAAGAACACAUAAAAAGCAAUGUUCUUUAUAGUAAUAGCCAAAAUGUCAACGCUUCUUUUGCGGGACAAUAUAUUAUACACAUGUUCAUGUACCAAGUAAGUGUUCAUGUGUCGCACGAAUAGAUAUAGUUGCAGGAAAUUAAAAGGAAAUAUAUUGUGUCGCACAAAAAACGAGCAAUUUGUAUCUCGAUAAAUCCACGUUACCAUACCACAUCUAGUGUUGAAAUUAUGGUAAGAAAGGUCUUUAAUUAAAUUUAACUUUCUUAGGGACUUCAAAUGCGUUGAUAUUGUAUUGUCUGAUAAGUGGAAACUGCCCAUAUGCACGGCGCCUUGUGCUUAUGUUCAUGGUUCGCAUUGCGUCGAUUGUUCCCUUUAUCCUGGAUGUAGAUGUUUGUUGGUUUACAAAUGUCGUAUGACAAGCUGGUUUAAAUCAUGGUUGGUCUUUCUGUCUGUAAACCAUUUUAAUUGUGUUUUCUCAGUCCAAGUGUUUCCAUGUUCAUUCCAGUAAUUUGCAAUUUGUUAUUGCACAAUUCUCUUGAAUUUUCACCCACCAUUAAGAUACAUUUUCAUUUUUGUAUCUUCAGUUUUGCACAAAACCACGGUCAUUUUAUUCCACGUUUGCAAUGGUAACGUGAUCGACAAUUUUAAGAAAACAAUACAAAUUCUUUAAUUAAAGUGUUUAUGUAUUUUGGUUAGUGAUGUCAUUAUGUUCAGUGUUGUUCAUAUUUGUUAAUUGAUUUGUUUCUUGACAAGGUUGUUAUACAAUUAAAAAGACCAGUAGUUUAUUGUUUAAAGCAAGAUUAUACGAUUUUUUAUACGUGUUAAAUUGUGAUAUAUUGAUAAAAUAUGGAGCAAUAACACGAAAUAGGCAAGAAAAAUUAUACAUUGAAGACGAAUUUCAUUAAAUGCAGCAAAGACAAAUUAGCGCCCCCAGCCGAUUGUGACGAACAUAUUUCGUACAUAUUUUCCUACAAUAACCGAAGCAUUCGUCUUUUUAGUAGGCCUUCGUGUGUCACAUAAUUAGAUAUCGUUGCAGGAAUUUAAAAUGAACCGUAAAACUAAAUUUAGAUUCACAUCGUACAUGCAUGAUUUACAUGCUGGCGAAUUCGACUGUACAGCCUUUUUCGAUUUCAGAAUUAAAUAUCUGGCUUAUUUCGCAUUUUUUCGACACAUGUUCUUCUGGACUUUUAUUUUAAUUUAUAUUGAAACACAUGUUUAAUAAGUUUUUUACACAUUUUAUAUAAAUUAAUAAAUAUUUUACAAAAUCGUAUAAUCUCGCUUAAAUAUGAAUUUAAUACUCAAAUGAGUGCUCCAUUUUUUCUAGUCAACAUUUUCUGGUUGUUACAAGGUUUAGUUUUACGUACUACCCCUCGAAGUAGUCACAGGGUAAACAUUUGUGUUUGAAUGUACAUUUAACCAGUUGUAUGUGGUCGUUAAUGUCACAGGUAUUGGGCGCGUGGCCAAGUCACUUUAACACUAUCAAUAUGUCAUAAAACAACACUUUUCAUCAUUUUGACAAUUUUUUUAUUAUAUCAGAUUUUUUUUGUCAAAAUGAUGAAAAAUGUUUUUUAUGACAUAUUGAUAGUGUUAAAGUGACUUGGCCAUGCGCCCAAUACCUGUGGUUAAUGUAUGUUGCUAUGUUAAGAAACACCCAAAUGAAAAAACAUUGGUCCAAUUCGGACAUUAUCAUUGAAUAUCUGCAUUCCAAAAGAUUGCUUAGUUUCCAUUAAUCGGACAAAACCAUUAAUUAAUCCAAAAAGUGUUCUGUCAUUGUUUCAAAUCGUGUUAAAUAUGGAAAAUUACAGUUAACUGACAUACACUUGUAUUGUUAGUAGAAUACAUAAUAUGGUUUCAUCUCAUUGAAACAAAGAGUAAUACAGAAAGUUGCAUUUUCAAUUAUAAUUAAUAUGCGUGUUAAGAAAAUAAUAUUUAAAGCAACAUAAGUUCUCAAAAUCAACGAAUCUUUCGUAAAGUAUUUCCUAAAGUUAACCCAUAAAAGCCCAUAAACAAUCAAAAUCUACGAAUAUUUCGUAAAAUAUUUCGAAAAAUAAAGUUAACACAUACAACUCAAUGUUCCCUAUAGCAAUAGAUGAACUUUUAACGCUAAAUGUGGUAUAAUAACAUAGAUUCAACAAGAUACAAAAUGCUCCUUUUGUAUUUUUUGUGUAACAAUAUAUUCCAUGUGAAUUUCAAGCGACAAUAUCCGAACAUUUACGAGCAAGUGCGAGAUUGGCAUGUGUUUGCUUGUUAAUUAUCGGAUAUCAUUCACAUGGUUAUUGUCACAAAAAAUAAAAACGAGAAUUUUGUAUCUCGGUAAAUCUAUGUUACCUGACAACUAAUGUAGAAAUUUCGGCUAUUGCUAUAAGGCACACUGAUUUUUAGCUAUGUCAUGGUCCUGUGUCCGUCGUGCGUCCGUGCGUUAACUUUUUUUAAAAACAUCUUCUACUCCUAAACUACAAGUCCAAUUCUGAUAAAACUUCUCACAAAUGUUCCUGGGGUGAACCUCUUUCAAAUUUGUUCAAAUUAUGCCCCUGGGGUCAAAUUUGACCCCGCCCCGGGGGUCAAUAAAUUGAACAUAUGCUUACAUAAAGCCUAUUUUGUGCAAACUUGAAAAAUCUUUCAGUCCAUAACAAUUGGGCCUAGUGCUACCACAUUUGGUAUGUAGUGAUAUAUAAUAGUCCUCUACCAAAUUUGUUCAAAUUAUGCCCCUGGGGUCAAAUUUGACCCUGCCCCGGGGGUCACAAAUAUGAACAUAUGAUUAUAUAAAGCCUUUUAUAUGCAAACUUUACAAAUCUGCUUGUCCAUAACCGUAGGGCCUAGGGCUACCCAAUUCGGUAUGUAGUGACAUCUAAUAGUUCUCUACUUAGUUUGUUCAAAUUAUGCCCCUGGGGUCAAAUUUUACCCUGCCCCGGGGGUCACAAAAAUGAACAUACGCUUAAAUAAGGCCUAUUUUGUGCAAACUUUAAAAAUCUUUCAGUCCAUAACCGUAGGACAUAGGGCUACCAAAUUUGGUAUGUAGUGACAUCAAAUGGUCCUCUACCAAAUUUGUUUAAAUUAUGCCCUGGGGUCAAAUUUGACCCUGCCCCGGGGGUCACAAAAAUGAACAUAUGCUUAUAUUGGGCCUAUUUUGUGCAAACUUUAAAAAUCUUUUUGUUCAUAACCGUAUGGCAUAGGGUUACCAAAUUUGGUAUGUAGUGACAUCUUAUAGUCCUCUACCAAAUUUGUUCAAAUUAUGCCCCUGGGAUCAAAUUUGACCCUGCCCAGAGGGUCACAAAAAUGAACAUAUUCUUAUAUUUGGCCUAUUUUGUGCAAACUUUAAAAAUCUUCAUGUCCAUAACCAUUGGGUCUAUUUCUGCCAAAUUUGGUAUGUAUUAAAAUCUUAAAGUUCUCUACCAAGUUUUUUCAAAUUAUGCCCUUGGGGUCAAAUUUGACCCUGCCCCGGGGGUCACAAAUAUGAACAUACGCUUAAAUAAGGCCUAUUUUGUGCAAACUUUAAAAAUCUUCUUGUUCAUAAUUAUAGAGCCUAGGGCUACUAAAUUUGGUAUGUAGUGACAUCUAAUAGUCCUCUACCAAAUUUGUUCAAAUUAUUCCCCUGGGCUCAAAUUUGACCCUGCAACGGGGGUCACAAAACUGAACAUAUGCUGAUAUAAAGCCUCUUUUGUGCAAACUUUAAAAAUCUUCCUAUCCAUAACCAUUGGGCCUAUGACUACCAAAUUUGGUAUGUAGUGACAUCUUAUAGUUUUCUACCAUGUUUGUUCAAAUUAUGUCCCUGGGGCCAAAUUUAUAUAUAAAAAUGCUCGCCCUUCCAACUUUAAGCGCCCAGUGGGACGAGGGAUAGAAAGAGAGUCACAUGCUUGAGUACAUUUCAAACCAUGCGCAUUGCACGCUUUUUUUCGCAUAAAAAACAGUGGAGCGAUACAGGGUCAUCAUGGCCCUCUUGUUUAUGUGUUAAUUUUAUUUUUCAAAAUAUUUUACGAAAUGUUCUUUGAUUUUGAGGGUUUUUGGUGCUUUUAAGCAAUGUGAUGGUGAUAUUUACUAAUUGUAUAUGUAUCCCGUAUACAUGUAUUUAUCAGUAUAGCAGUGUUUAACAUUAGUUAUGUAGGUGUGUCAGCUUGUUCUGUUUUGUUUUUCAUAUUUUUGUGAAGAGCUAAUUCGUAAGCGAUAUUAUGUAUUGUGAUAUAAUUGUUAACUUUUAUCUGACAAACUGUAAUUCUAGCUAUUAAUUCUUACUUUAUUUUAUGAUCCUGGGUAAUAUCACAAAUUCAUUCUUUUCACUAACUUCCCAGGUUAUUGCAUUAAAAUGUGCAAAUGUUUAUAAAUUGUGUGAUUAACGAAAACCCCAUGAUCUAAUGUGUGAUAAAUGCUUCCAAGCAUUUAAACUUUGGAAAUCGAGUACUGUCUUGUACAUUUUAUGACGUAAGAGAGCAUAAUACAAAUGUAAUCAUGUACUUUGGUCAUUCAUAUGAUGUGCUUUUGUUCAUUCAAAUUCACUUGUGCAAUAUCACAGUAUCAUGUUAAUUAUUAUGAAGUUCGUUUUUAUAUAUUUUGUAAUAUUUGUAUUAUUGCAAGAUUUAUGUAUUGUGUUAGAAUAAAGUCAAUUUGAACAUGA